AUGUCACUCUUCUCUUAUCGCAGCCUGGAUGCGCUCUUCAGCCGCCCUCGCCGAGGGGUCUGGCAACAAUUUCAGGACCACCCAUGUUUGUUCCUAGCUCGUAAGCUCUACACUUGGCAGCAGACGAUCCCAGCACAGCCGCUAGCGGAUCCGGUGUCCAUAGUCUGCAUCUCCGACACGCACAAUUCCCAGCCCGAGCUCCCACGUGGCGACAUUCUCAUCCAUGCAGGCGACCUGACGGAGUCGGGGUCAUUCAAGGAGCUGCAAACUGCAAUAAAUUGGUUGCGAGCGCAACCACAUCCGACCAAGAUCGUUGUGGCAGGCAACCAUGAUCUACUUCUAGAUCCGGAAUGCGACGCUCGAACCAACCCACAAGGAGCCGCCGAGCGGAAGAUGCUUGACUGGGGAGACAUCAUCUACUUAGAGAACGCAGAGACUACUAUCGUCUGUGCCAAUGGCCGCCGUCUGCGAAUAUAUGGCAGUCCCCAAUCAGCCCGAUAUGGCACACCGGCAUUCCAGUAUCCUCGCGAGACGGAUAUCUGGGCUGACACUGUCCCGGAUGGUAUUGACGUGCUCAUCACACACGGGCCGCCCCGUGCACACCUCGACAGACUCAGUCUCGGCUGCGUCCAUCUCCGACGGAAACUCUGGUCUGUUCGGCCACGAUUACAUGUGUUCGGGCAUGUUCAUGAAGGCGCAGGAACGGAGUGGCUGCAAUUCGACGCCCUACAGGAUGCGUACGAGCGCACAGUUGUUGCUGGUGGUGGACUGUGCAAUCUUUAUGAGACAUUCCUUGAGUUGAUAAGAGCACUCUUCCGCCCUGCCACCGAGGCGAAAUGUCUGCUUGUGAACGCCUGUACGACGGAUGGCUUCCGUGAUGAGGAACGGCGGCAACCCAUCAAAGUUAUCAUGUGA